AUGGGGAACAGUUCAUCCAGCUAUUCCGACCCAGGAGACUAUCGAUAUACAUACUAUGUCUCCCCAUCAGGGUCCGACGAACGAGUCUACGCUACCCGGUCCGUGUCACGACCACGGAGGAGAACCACUCGACGCACACGCCCGCGUCCAGGUAGGCGUCGCCAUCGCCGUGGCCGUCGCCGCUCACCCAACUCCGCCGUCGCUACUGUCAUCGAGCAGAUUCUAGGUGACGGCCCGAGCCCACAGCUCCGACGCUUCCUCGCUGCUACGGAGAACCAUCCUCGCGGGCCACGAAGUGACGGGUCUCUCGCUGAGGUCCGCUAUAGGGAGUACGUCAGCCUACCGCGGAGCAGAGCCCGAGCAGGCCAGUCUAGACGCUCCUACCGUAUCCGGAUGGACGGAAAUACAUAUAGAGUGUACGACGAGGUACCAGCCCUGCGGGAGAUGAACAUGCGACGAGCAAGUCCAAGGCGCGGUCUGCGCCUAGGAGACACCUACUUCGAUUGUCCCGACUCGAACGGAUACCGACCGAUGCGGAUGUACGAUCCCACCCAAGAGGUCGACCCAGCCCGUCCCUGUCAGGGAAUC